AUGCGCUUGUCAAUAUUCCCAGAAGAGGUCCUGAUAUCAUUGAAAGAACAAGAACGAGACAACCUGAAGAUAGUUUGUGAAUGGGGUUGUGAUGGAUCUCAGCAAUCUAAGUUCAAACAAAAAUUUGAAAAUGUUACUGACUCAAACGAGAAUAUGUUUCAGAGCUAUUUCGUUCCUCUACGAUUGGUUUGUGGUAAUGAUAAAAAAAUUGUGUGGGCAAACCCAACAUCCCCUUUUCCACGGUAUUGUCGACCUAUAAGAUUCCGAUUCGUUAAAGAGACUACUGACAUAACGGAAGAAGAAAAAACGCAACAGAGAUGGACUCAAAUAGAACACAAUUUUUGAUCCAGAAAAAUGUUUGGGUUACUUCCGCCCCCAUCAUCUGAUUUGGAUGAAUCCUCUAACGAAGAAAAUAGCGUAUUUCAUUGUGAAUCUUCUAGAGUUGAGAGCGACACACAAAGUGAGACCUUCAAAACAGCUAGUUUACCCCCUAAGAUACAAUACAUUUUUGAUCAACUAUUCGAUACUGAUACAGGCUCUGAAGCUGAACCAGACCAAUUCAAAAACUUGGCCAGAAACACCUAA